ACACGGGAGACAAAAGGGAGCAGGCAGGAGAAGUACUGAACUGGGAAGGCAAAGUGUGUAAAAGUGUCAGAAAUAGGCAGGAAACCAGGCUGUGUAACAACAAUGACCAGCAGUCAACCCGAGUGGGAAAUCGAUGGCAUUUUUUUUAAAAAAACAUCGUGUACGUGCGUGUGAGCAAAGCAGAGAGGCAGACACACAGACAGAGAAUUAGCAUGUGUAAGAGAGAGUGUGGAGAUGAAUGAAUAUUGGGUCCACCCGGGUAUGAGAAAAGGAGGCAGCAAAAUGAGAGUCAGACGGGGCAAAAAAAAAUCUUCUCAGUGGGAUGUCUGAGAAUGAAUGUGUGCCCCAGGGAUUGAGUGAUUGGUUCAGGGUGGGUGUCCUGUACAGAAUGAAUGUGGGGGCCACUCUCAGUGAUUGGAGGGAGCUGUCUGUGAGUUUUGGGAAGAUCAAUGAGCGAAGCCCAUUGAGGAAGAGUGAAAAAUCUGUGCACGCACAGCGACAGGAGCCUGAGAGAAUCAGAAACUCGUGAAUCAGGCAGGUUCCAGACAGAAAUCCGCACAUUUCUGGAAAGUAAUGACCAUCGAGGGAUACAGAGAGAGUGCUUUGAGCUGCAGUUACACUGUGAGGUGGUGAGGAUGGGCAAACAGAACAGCAAGCUGCGCCCCGAGGUGCUGCAGGAUUUACGGGAAAACACAGAGUUCACGGAGAAUGAGAUCCAGGAAUGGUACAAGGGAUUUGUGAAGGACUGCCCCAGUGGAUACCUGACGAUGGAAGAGUUCAAAAAACUCUAUGGCAACUUUUUCCCCUAUGGCGAUGCCUCCAAGUUUGCCGAGCAUGUUUUCCGUACCUUCGACACCAAUGGAGAUGGCACAAUAGAUUUCCGCGAGUUCAUCAUUGCACUGAGUGUGACUUCCAGGGGAGGUUUGGAACAGAAGCUGAAGUGGGCUUUCAACAUGUACGAUGUCGAUGGAAACGGUUACAUCAGCAAAUCUGAGAUGCUGGAGAUAGUCCAGGCUAUCUACAAGAUGGUUUCAUCAGUAAUGAAGUUAUCCGAGGAUGAAGCUACCCCGGAGAAAAGAACAGAAAAAAUCUUCCGUCAGAUGGACACCAAUGCAGAUGGCAGACUUUCACUGGAAGAGUUCAUCAAUGGAGCAAAAAAGGACCCAUCCAUUGUCCGCCUCUUGCAGUGUGACCCCAGCACCGCUGGCCAGUUCUGAGACAGUGUCCGGGACAUGAAUUCAGUUCCUCCGCCUCAUUCCCAUCACUGGUGAACCAAGAGUGAACAAGCAAGGACGCUGGCAGAAAGGGAAUUUAUGCUCAGACAAGUGGAACACUGGUGUCUGCCAAAACACUGAGCAUCCUUCCACACAAUGAAGAAACUGCAUGAAGAUACAGAUUCCUGACUUACAAAAUCCAGUAAAUAAAUUCUAGAUGUGUAAAUGUGCCAAAAUAAGGGGAACUGAGCUGGUCAACAAUGGUUAACACCAUCUCAUUUCCAUUUGCACCGUGCACUGUUGUCAAUAUAGUCUAACAGGGCAGAAGGGGGGUAUGUUUUAUUAGGUUUGUCUUGUCUGUUGUUCGCUUUUUACAGGUGAAAUGUGUCUCAUUACUUUAUUUGAACCGUACUGAGUCAUAGCUCGUUCUUAAUGAAGCCAUGGAGAGUGAGAACCAAACUCUGAUGGGUUAAUGUUUACAUUUGUACAUUGGAGCAUGAAAAAGCCAUUAGGUUCAUAUAUGCUUCUUCCAAUCUCGGCUUAUCCUAUAUCCAUGUGGCAACUUUCCUUCAUUCUGAUACCUUCAAGGACCAUCCUGUGAAUCAACCCUGGUGGUGCACUAAUGAAACAUUUCCUCUUGCCUCCCUUUGGGGAACACGAAUCCUAAUAACCCCCCAAACGAUUCACUUUUACCCAUCCAUAUAAACUGUUUCUGUCUUGUCACCUUCGUGAAGCAUUGUAAAUAAAUCCUGUUUGAUCUGGAAUGCUCCUCCACAUAUCAAUACUCUCUGGGAUAAGUAAACCUUCAAGAGCUCAAGCCUCACUUCCUUUAUUGUGUUGGUUACCUUUGUGUCCCCUAAAUCCAUUGGUCCCUAUCACCUCAAAAACACAAUUGACUGAUUGUAAUGUAUCUUUAACAUAUUGAUCAGAUCCAUUCCCUGUCUCUCUUUGUUAUACAAAUCCAAGGAUAUCUUCAUCGUUCACCACUCUUAGGUUGUCACCCUAGGUUCCCUGUAUUUUAUUCAAGUAAUAACAUGUAUCCUCGUGUUGCCCAAGAAAUGUUAAAUGGCAUGUUAUCUUCAAUACCCUAAUCACUGUCUUCCAGGUUUUGUGAUGUAUUGCCAGCACCCUGAAACUAAUGUUACAUCAUCUUGUCCACCACAAAGGAUAAAUUCACUGGGUGCUGGUUCCUUGAAACUGAACGAAGGCACUGUCUGGCUAUUGCAUCGCACACUACCCCACUUCUCAGUAAGCCUUCCAAAAAUAUCCUCAAUGGUACCACACAAAAUCUCUGCCAUUACUUUCAACAUUAACGCUGUGUUGAACAGACACAGAAAAUACUGGAGAAACGUAGUAGGUCGGGUUAUAUCUGUGAAGAGAAAAACAGAGUUAAUGUUUCAAGUCCAAUAGAUUUCCUCAAGCUGUACUCACCUCUGUUUUCCUCCACUUUAACUCCCUGGUUGCCCUCUGGAAAAAAAAUCAAAGAUUUGUCGCUAGGUCUUUUUCAUUGGGCAUUCGUCCAAUUAGCUGGCCCUGGGCAUUUUCAGAUGAUCACCUAUGAUGUGGUUUCUGAAAUGAUUUAUAACAUUCCCCAAGUCAUCCAACAUUAUGCUGUUAGUUUCCUGAUUAACGUUUGCGUCCUAACAUGAGCAUAUUGGAUUGAAUUUCUGUGAGUGGAGAGACAAUGAGGGUCUCCCACUCAUUCUUUGAAGAAUCUCAGAAACACUUCCAAAACAUAUGUUCACAGCCAAAUUAUUUUUCCAUUCUCCUGCUGUCUGAGUCUUUUUGUUCAAAUCAUUUCAGACCACAUGUCCAAGAGUUAGAUUUUAUACUCACGAACUAAAAAUGCAAUUAGCUGCAUCAAGAUUACUAAUGUGGCUAGGAGCUAAUGGAUUGGACAGCUCUGUCUGAGGUCAUUGUUAUACAUGUUGUACAACAUGUUGCACUGUUGUACACUGUACUACAUGUUGUAUUUUAUGUUAUCUGUAUGACUAUUACUGCAUUUACAAUUAAUGGUAUGCCUAACAUUUGGGGCCAGUUGCCAAAAUUGGUUCCCCAAUUAACCAUUGUGCCUUUCUUAUACACUCUGCUCCUUCUCUCCAUUUCAGGAUUGUUUUUAAAAAUAGUGGAUUGAGUGAGGCCAAGGAUAAAAGAAACUUGGCUCUGCUGCAAUUAUAUGAAAUGAAUAUAGCACUGUGAUAUUACAGAAAACACAGGUAUAUAUCCCCCUCAAAAUGUCACAGCAUUUUGCUCUGUGUGGGAGCCGGCAAUGAGCUGAGUGGCCCAUUCUGUGAUGUAAAUAACUGUACAACAAUUGGGAUACCUCACCUCGAAAGAUAUAAAAUAUCGUGAUUGAUCGUUGGUCAUCUUUCCAAAACCUUAGCUUCAGCACAAGGCAUUGUUGAUGGCUUCCCUGCUAUUUAACCCCAAACAAACUUACCAGUGGGUCUGGUAAAAGCUGGUGACUUUAUUGACACACCCUCUAGAACAGUGGUUCUCAGCCAUCUGCAUCUUGAGUGCCACCAAACAUCUUGUGAAGAAACGUCCAGUCCCACCAUGAUAAAAUCAAAAUCCUACUAUUCCAAGUAAUGGUCGUUUUAUGUUUCCAUGCAUUUUAGUAUUAUUAACCAUGAAUGAAAAUUUAAGGACAUUAAAAAUUGCAGUGGUUUUGCCAAGAAUAAGUUUAUUGCUAAACUGUAAGAAAAGAGAUAAUGGUUGGGUCAUUUCUGAGAAGCCUGUGGUUGCCAUUUCAUUGGAAGGAAUGUUGAUUUUCCUGGAGGUCCCACCUAGACAACCUCACCAGUUGAGAAACACUGCAUGAGAAUGAUUCAGUGGACUCUGGAGUCUGAUCGCUACAACAUACUUCAGUCAGAGAGCCACCUGGUGUUCAAUUCACAAAGUGCAAUUGCUACAAAAAAUUUACCCAAAGUUGUGAAAGGCAGUCUCUAGUCCCAGCCAGCUCCCUCAGCUUGCUGGUCUCACUCUGUCCUGUGCUGAUUUUCUUAGUUCAAAGAUCAUUUAUCGAGACUCAAUUUAGUGCACCGUGCACUGUAACAAAAGAAUUAUGCAACAGAAAAUAGUUUUCAGCUCUGAUACUGUUGUAACAGUGGACCUACUCUGGUUGGACUUGGUAUUAGAGGUGUCAUCAUUUGAUCUCUCCCAACUUCUCAUUCCCCUAUUAUCCCCCUUCCCAACACCACUG